UCAAUGUCAGCCAAUCAAGAAACGCGAGCUAUCAGCUUUUCCUUCUCCGCUACUGAUAUCAAAACUGAACACAAAUGAUACAACAUUUUAUAUAAACCAAAAUAAUUUCAGUUUCAGAUGUUGCUCAAAUUCUUAUGGUAGUUUUCUGUGUUAUCCACUCACACUCAGAUGUUGGGUGGUGCACUUUCAACUUCAACAACUCAAAGCCUCAAUGCGACAAGAACAAUUGCAAUGCUCUAUCCAACUCACAGAUUAUUGUCUCUUAAGAAUCCAGUGGCAAAUACCAGAGGACUUUCGUCAAAAGACACUGUUUUUAUCAGGGGUCAUCAAAUCAAUAUAAAGCAAUUUUUUGGGCUUAUCUCGGAUCGUGCUCGACUAAACAAAGCAGGACUUGUUGUUUCCCCAAUCUGUGGCUUGCCACUGACAGAAGAUAAUGUGGAGAAGGUUUUGGAUGAGGUAAGGCCUGGCUUGAUGGCUGAUGGAGGGAAUGUGGCAUUACAUGAGAUAGAUGGUCUUGUUGUUGUCCUCAAGCUACAAGGGGCAUGUGGAUCAUGUCCUAGCUCAACCAUGACAUUGAAAAUGGGAAUAGAAACUCGCCUCAGAGACAAGAUACCAGAAAUCAUGGAAGUGGAACAGAUAAUGGACACUGAGACUGGCCUCGAGUUAACAGAAGAAAAUGUAGAAAAAGUUCUUUCUGAAAUUAGACCAUACCUUGUUGGCACUGGGGGAGGAAUAUUAGAGCUUGUUGAGAUGAAAGAUUAUGUUGUGAAAGUUCGGCUAAGUGGACCUGCAGCCGGGGUUUCGACAGUUCGUGUUGCCUUAACACAGAAGCUGAGAGACAAGAUACCUUCUAUUGCAGCUGUGCAACUAAUAGACUAAUGUCACACACAAUACAAGUUCUUUUAUAGUUUGAUUCAUGUGUUGCAAGAUGAACUAGAACCAAUACAUAGAAACAACAUGUUAAUUUUUGUUUUGAAAAGAAAUUCAAUGUCAGUUAGUUUUACAGGGUU